AUGUCUGUUGAACGUUUGCUGCUCGUCGUUAUUGGAUACUAUGAAGGAUGGAACAUGAACAAGAAGUGUGGUACCAUGACACCACAAGAAAUACCGGUACACAGCCUCACUCACUUGAUCUUCUCCUUUGGCUUCACAGCGUCUGGAACCUUCAAGAUUGAGCCAAUGUCGGAUUUCCAGCCCUUUCUAUUCGGUAGAGUGACAGACCUCAACAUGAAGAAGCCGUCGCUCAAGGCCCUCAUUGCUCUUGGUGGUUGGACUCAAAACGAUCCUGGUAUUAAAUACCAAAAGGUUUUCUCGGACAUGGCUGCUAGCGCAGUAAAUCGCAAAACUUUCAUCUCUAAUCUCAUUGGAUUCAUGGCCGAGUAUGGCUUUAACGGUGUCGGUUUGGACUGGGAGUAUCCCGGUGCACCAGAUCGAGGUGGUAUUCCUGAGGACGGCGACAAUCUGAACAAGUUGAUGAAAGAGAUGAAGGAUGCCAUGGGAUCCCGAUACAUCCUAACAUUCACUGCGCCAACCUCUUACUGGUACCUGCGCCAUUUCGACAUUAAGAGAAGCGCAGAGAUCGCCGACUGGAUUAACCUCAUGUCGUAUCAUCUCCAUGGAGUAUGGGAUAGCGACAACCCAAUCGGCAAUCAGAUACUCGGCCAUACCAAUUUGACUGAGAUUGACCUUGCACUCGACUUGCUUUGGAGGAAUGACGUUUCACUUUCCAAGAUUAUUCUCAGUACGUUCAGUAGGCCUAGGGAGAAGGGCGAAUGUACUGCCACAGAGGGGUUCUUUUUGUAUAAAGAAGUAAAAGGCAUCCUGGCUAAGACCAAAGCAAAGCCCAAGUUGUAUAAGGAGGCGGCUGUGCAGCACCUCACGUAUGGACAAAAUAGCUGGAUAUCGCAUGACGACCCUGCCACAAUACAAAUGAAGGUCGACUUCGCAAACAAACGCGGCCUAAAAGGACUCAUGACUUAG